GUCUCAGAGCUUCUCUCGGUGUCCACCUCGCUGCCGUGUUUGUGUUUCCCUCUUGGAGUUGUUAAUUUUUUUCCAACAAUUUCCACUGCCUGGUCGGGCCCCACAAUCACCACCACCACAACAACCACCGCCACCAACCACCAAUGGCUCCGGGAGCUGUAGAAUCGUUGAGAGGGUGGCUGGUAUUAGGGACGAUCGUCUUGCUCCAUGUGUUGUCCCACAACUCCUCACAAGCAGGUAACUGCUGGCUGCAGCAGACACGCGCCGGGCGGUGCAAGGAGCUGUUGCGUGCGGGCGUGUCGCGGGACGAGUGUUGCCGCGCUAGCGGGCCCGGCGCCGGCUUCACGGCGGGCGACCCCUCCUCGGCCACGCUCUUCCGCUGGCUCGCGCUCACCGGCGGGGCGCCCAACUGCACGCCCUGCAGAGAGUCGUGCGAGGGUGUAGAGUGCGCGCCAGGCAAGAGGUGCCGCAUGAAUCGGCGCAACCGUCCGCGCUGUGUGUGCGCGCCCGACUGCCGAGAGGCGCGCCGGGGGCCCGUGUGUGGCUCGGACGGCCGCUCCUACCGGGACGAGUGCGCCGUGCUACGUGCGCGGUGCCGCGCGCAGCCCUCGCUCUCGGUGCAGUACAACGGCAGCUGCCGCAAGACGUGCGAGGGUGUGCCAUGCCCCGCCGGCAUGGAGUGUGUCCUGGAUCAGCUGAAUGGCGCCCACUGCGUGCGGUGUGGGCAGAGCCCAUGCGGCGCAACCGCCAUCUCCUCAUCCUCGGGGGGCCCCCUGUGCGGCCGCAACGGUGUUACCUACGCCAGCGCCUGUCACCUGCGCCGUGCCACCUGUGCACAGGGCCGCUCCAUUGGCGUGGCACACUACGGACACUGCGCCGGGCCGCCCACCUGCCAUGACGGUUCGGCGUGCGAGGCCGGUAAGCGGUGCGUGAGGGACCCGCGCACCGGCGCUGCCGCGCGCUGCCUGCAGUGCAACACAAUCUGCCGCACGUCCGAGCGCCGUGCCCCCGUGUGCGGCUCCGACAACACCACGUACCAGGACCGGUGCGUGCUGCGUGCUGCCGCCUGCUCCGACGGCCUCUUCAUCGAGGUGAAGCACUUGGGACGCUGCCGCUACGCCCCAGCGGAGGAGGGAGAAGCUGGCGACGCGGAGGGCAUGGAUGGCAAUGCUUUUCCCGGCUCGGCCAUGAUGAACUACCGGUAGCCUCUCGGCGCCCCCCCCCCCCCACGCACAACUCUCCGGUCACUGCUAUUGCAUGUUUCACGUCGUGUGUAUGUGUGCGCGCUCGUGUGAAGUUUUUAUUUUAAUUUAUAUGAGUAUUUAUGGGGGUCGUUGUGGGCGAGGGAGGUGAGGGUCUGAGAGACGACAGAAGGGACGCGGCGGUCCUACGACCACGGCGCUUCACGUGGGCAAGGCCGCCACCGGGGUCCAUGGCAAAUCUGUCUGGGCGAAGCGAGACGAAGGACAACCGCCCGCCCGCCCCUACAAGGCGAGAGGCAUCGCCUCUCUUUGUAACCCGUGCAGUGUUUUAUUUAUUUAGCCAGGCGAGAACCCCGUUCUCUCUUUGACGAGGGAGACCCGGGGCAUGCGUAGCUAUAUGUAGCGAGAGAGAUAAAAAAAAAACAUACAAAGGAGCCACAAUAUUUGUAUACAGUAUGUCCUUUUUUGAAGUGGCCCAAGAUGCUUUUUUUUUACCAGACUCGUAAUGCACAAUUGCCCUUGCUUACAAAUAAUUUCACGGAUACGUUCGUUUACCAAUGCUUCAACGGAAUCUACACAGGGGACUGCUUUAGACAAUUUGCAGAAGAAUCCAGACUCGCCCCAGGAAUCCGAUGAGCUAUGAAGCUCUUUUUCACACAAGAUGUCAAACAAGGGGUGGGUUAGCAAGUUACAACAACAAAUACAAAAAUAACGAUAGAGUGCGAAGUAGAGAAAAGGUUUAACACAUAGGAGGCGUUCACGACGAUAGUAUCCAUAAUAGAGGUUUUUGGGUUAGAUCGCGAAAAUAUGAAUGUCUCGGUGUGCUGUACGAGUAACGAAUUGGCAUGUUUUGUUUACGUGACAAAGCUUACUAUUUGGAUGUGUCGGGUGGUGGCGGGUUUAAUGACAUUCAUAUUUACGAGAUCUAACCCAAAAACCUAUAUUAUAGAGAAAAUGUAAGCAAGUAACUCUAAAUAAAUUAAUUAACAAAAGCUAUGGGGCUGCCGCAGUGUAAGGGUCAGCUCAAUAGACUUGCAUUCCAGAGGCAUGAGUUCAAUUCCAUCUGCCGCCGUGGCAGUUGCGACGAUUGGGCAUGUUUCUAGAAUCCCUACCCUACCCCCGCCCAGCCAGUUGAUCGGCAGGUCGCACGUGAUGCGGCGCAGUGUGGGUAAUCGCCCACCUCUUCCAACACGUUUGGUCAAUAUGGAAGAGUGGAACAGAUGUAUAUGUAUGUCUUUUGAACUUCUUUCGCACCGUACGUAGCCAACCGUUCAAAUCGGAGGUGCCGGGGCAGGACAACAAACGAAACACAAAAAGCAGUUCGAAAGAAAUUAGUUUUCAAUCUCGAUUUAAAAGUGGCAUAGCUCCAGUGGCUUCCUAAUAUCGAAAGGAAGAGCGUUCUAGACGGCCCCAGAAGCACAUGAAAGUGCAGCGCGAUGCGGUGAACAUUUCUAUUCGAUGGUUAGCCAAAACAAAUACCCCCUCGAGCUCGUUUCUAGCAGAGGCCUUUCUGCCAGCAGUGGUAUUGGCAGAAAUUUGCUGGGCCGCACCUUUACCUUUGACAACACAAAGCGACUGUUUGUGCUCUGUAACGGAUGUUUUUAGCAUUUUAGCAUUUCAACAUUUCUCCACAUUAAGCAUGCGUUAAGUAACACGUGUAUGCAUGUUGAACUUCUUUUGCACCGUACGUAGCCAACCAUGCUAAUCGUAAGCAGUAGUGAUAUUAAUUUGAGGGAGGGGGGGUUGUAUACUCCAUGGUGGGUGGGCUUUUUGAAUUUCAAUGUAAUUUUGUCCUUGAGCCCUCGUCUAUCAUUCCAGCAGUUGACGGAGCGUGGCGCGUACCGGCACGGUCCCCCUCGCGCGCGCCUUUGACGCCACGCCGCCGUGCUGACACAUUUGUGACUGCUCUGUUAAGCCUGACUCAGGGUGGUGGGGAUUCGUCAUCAGUGGCCGUGGACUGCAAACCCGGGAGGUUUCACUUUGGCUAAUGACUCAUCGUCAUUGGCGUCGUCAGGAGAAGGUCGUGGAGCGUUGAGAAUUAUGGAUAAACUACCAUCCCCUCUCCCACAUGUUCGGUGAAGAUAAUGAUGAUGGUUAUGAUGAUGAUUUUGACGAUGAUGACGAUGAUGAUUUUGACAAUUAUGACGAUGAUGAUGGUGAUGAUAACAAUGAUGAUUAUAAUGAUGACAGUGAUGAUACAAAAUAUGACAAUUGCACUGCGAGUUUAGUGUAUAAUUACUGUUAUAUGUAAUUACAAUUCACUUUUUGUUUCAAACAAAUGUUUCACCCGUUGUCACGUGUUUAGGCAUUCCAUAUCUGAAAUGACACUAGAUGUCGGUGAUCGUGGUAAUAACAGUGAUCUUAUGUUGGUUGUCACUGUGGUGGUGGGGGUAAUAGUGAUCGUAGGGAGCAGUGGCACAGCGGUUACCGUGCCGCGCUAUGAAUCUUGUGAACCUAGUUCGAUUCACACUCAUGGCCAACACCAGUGAUGAUUAUCUGAACCGGUCCUGGGCCUCCCCUAGAUUAACUUAGCCUCAAAUGAGUACGUGGUGCGGUGUGUAAACAUCGCGACUCAGGAGACAAAUGUGGUCGGGCAUGGUGCUGGCCACCCAUCCUCCCGUGUGCUGUUCCGGCCUUCAUAUGUGCUCGCUAACAGCACUUGCCCCAAAAGUUUGUUAAGGCCAUAUGGGGGAUUUUUGUCUUUGAUGGUUUGGAUGAUGGUGAUUAAUUAAUUUACAUGGUUCAUGACCUUUCACGUCCAACACUUUUCCUCCCAUUACCAUACAGAAUUACAUAUCGGGCGGAUUGCAAGUUGUGAGUUCAAAUCCUCGUUAGGGGGGUGUCGACUCAGCCCAUCAUCCGUCUGGGGUCGAUAAAGUGAGUACCACUGGUGGGGAAGUCAACAGUGGUUGUUCUGUAGGUGAGUUUCCCCCGCGUAUGAACGUAGAAUUGCCACCACUGGCUCUACAGGGCUGUAAACAGGAGAUGAGCACCCAAUGCCUCAGUGAUAAUUUGAGCAGUGGCAGCUCACUGACCCGUCUUGAAUGCACAUCAAGGGUGAAUGGUAAGAAAAGCGCCGCUGUCAUUGCCAGCCAUGGCACUCGCCAGGGCCGAAGCCUUUGGAGGUUCUGGGGAUGGCCCUACACAGCCAGAUGUCCCUUUGGCACCACCCAAGUUCACUCUCCUCCUUAGCUGUACGAUCUCAUACCCCCCUCCCCCUCGCCGCUUCCCAUACAAGAGAACCUGGGGCCUGGUACCCACAACGAUGCAAAUUGUGAACACCAGAAUGAUGGUGGCAGGGAAUGGGGCUGGUAAAGACGAUGGUGAGGGUGGUAACGUACAUUUAUUAUUUUAAAUAAAUAAUUAUUGUCUAAUAAAAUUAUCGUAUGAAUAUUGAAAGACGAUCAAGAAAGUAUCUUGUAAUUGCUCGCUACGGUGCGGCUCUGAGUAAUGUAAUUGUGAGGUAUAUAGAAAAGAUCGCAUUGUGAGUGCGAUAUUAAAAUCAAUAAAUCUCACCUGUAUCUGAUCUCUAGCUUGCAUUAAU